AUGGCUCUAAUUGUAAGUUCCACAACCCUGCCACUGACUGUGGUAAUAUUUUAGUCAGAGUGAAGAAGCGGGAAGGGACACACUUGAAAAUCCUUGGAGUAGAAAGUAUGGCCGUAACUGGGGAUGAAACUGAGACAGGAUCCACAAUUAAACUCAUUGGCAGCAGCUCUGUCCACCCUCUAGCUGUGGCACACACCAGCACCCAAAGCUCCCAGAAGCCUUUGGAGGAUGUAUCACAGAAGAGGGAACAGCGCUUGAUAAAAAAUAGGGAAGCUGCCCGCGAGUGUCGACGAAAGAAGAAAGAGUAUGUUAAAUGUCUGGAAAAUCGUGUGGCAGUUCUUGAAAAUCAAAACAAGACUCUGAUUGAGGAGCUUAGAGCCAUGAAAGACAUCUACAGACACAAAGUUGAGUGAUAAUUCAUUUGGAAGAUGAAAGAAGGAAGGUCAAACACCCACAAAACCCACCAUAAAACACGUGAGAAAUAAUCAUAUAAAUCACUGUAUUGAUGUUCUGGGCAUGUUGUUUGCAGCACUGUCACCUACAUUUACUGUACUGUACAUUCUAUUACUGUAUGUCAUGUUCACAUGUGAUACUGACCUGAUUUUAGGUAGGACAAAGCCAGGGAUUGUUUUCUGUAUUCCUUUAUAAAGCUUUUUUUCCCCUUUUGAAACCUCAGGAGGAGGAUCAGUACAUUACCAUGGUGGUUUAGUACCACCAUCCUCCUCAUUAUUAAUUGUUCUUCUUUCCCCUCCAGUGUUGAAAAAAACAAACAAAAAAAAAACACUGGUUUGUUGAGAAAUAAAUGCAGUUUAUAUUUUGUAAACGUUUGGAAAAACUAUUGCAAACAUGCAAGGAGUUAUUGAAUAGAAUAGAAAUUUUGAAUAGCAUUUAUGGAUAUACCCAAAUACUAUAUUAGUCACACACAUUGUGUAAAUUUCUAUUGAUUUGUCAUUUUUUUAAGUAUCUGCGCUUCAAUCAAGUGUUCCAUCGUGCUUUAAAACCGAUGUUAUUAAUAUUAUUAUUACUGUUAUCUUUAUUAUUAUGUUUUUUAUUAUUCCAAUGUACCAUGAAAGAUGGUUAUAGAACAAAACAUGUAUUGUAAGAGAGAGAAUUUGAUGUGUGCUACAUGCUAUGCUUCUGAUUUAGGUAUACAAUAUUUAACUGACAAAUCUUUUGUCUGUCAUAAUGAUGUUGGCAAAUUUUUACAAUCCUAAAUAUUGUUGUAUUAAACAUGUAUUCUACUCCAACUUUA